AUGUCUUUAACAAAAAUUUCCAGAAAUUUAAUAACAACAUUUCUAUUAAAUCCUAAUAUCAAUCCCAAUGCAAAAGUAUUAAAUUAUUCAACUUUAUCAAAAUAUAAUUGCCUCAAAAUCCAUUCAAAUAAUAAUCAGCAGCAGCAACACUAUAGAAACAUUAUUUCAACAUGUGCUCAUCAACUUUUUACUAGUAUUGUUAGAAGCGAUGAAAAGGAUAGUAGUGGUGGUAGUUUGGAAAAUAACUUUGAUCCUACAAAAGGAAAGUAUCAAGAAUUAAAACAAAAAAUUAGCAAGCUUGACAAUAAGGGAUUAAAUAGUAUUAUUAAUUUGGCAGCAAAUGAAGAAUAUAAUGAACUCAAAAACAACGAGAAUUGGAAUAGAUUAAUAAUGGAGUUUAUGAAAUCACUAUCAUUGAUCCCAAACCAAGAAGCAUUCACAGCAAUACUGAGAGGUUUAAGUGAAGAAUUUGUUUCUCAAGAAGCCACAGAACAUAUAAGAACAAUGGUUGAUCUUAUGGAUGCAAAUAGCCCUGAAUUCAAACUUGAGACUGAACAUAUAAACUAUCUAUUAAAAACUUGUCAAAAACUAGGUAAUUUAAAUACUGCAUGCAAUUCUUAUGACAAAUACAUAAAAAGCAGAAAUGUAAAACCAGACAAGUCAACAUAUUUAUAUUUAUUGAUAACGAGCUUUAAAUCUGCUAGGAGUGAUCCAGCACUGACUCAUAAAUUGGCAAAUAAUAUUUGGGAUAGUUUGGACAAAAGAAUAGAUGUGCAAGGUGAAGAAAAUAAUGAUCUUGUGCCUAUUGAUAAUGAUUUAAUUC